GCAUCCUGGGUACAUAACUCCAUGGUGAUGCAGUGAGCCUGUUGUGUGUGCGUGUGUGCGUCUGUCUGUGUGGACUGGAAACCAAAGUAAAGUAAACGGGGGAGGGUCGACUAACCAGAGAGAGGGGGGGGUGGUUGGGCUUUCAAGCGAGUUGGUUACAAUGCGUCUUUCACGGUGUUGAACAGUCUCGGUGGUGGACGAUGAGCCAACUUCGCCGGUUGUCUCGAAGCGGCGUGAGCCACUCCUGAGCCCCGGAGAACGACACCUUGUUGGCGGUGGGAGAGAGAGAGAAGAGAGAGAGUGAGAAAGAGAGAGAGAGCAUGAAGAAGCCGAGCGCCGUGCUCCCUGCUGUGGGCUUGACUGGGAAAUGGUAGCGUGCUGCAGGAACCGCACUGGGCAGGAUCAUGGUCGAGAGGAGCAGCAAAUUCUUGUUGAUCGUCGUCGGAUCCGUGUGUUUCAUGCUGAUUCUGUAUCAGUACGUGGCCCCCGGGGUGAUCAAUUUCGGCUCCCCGCACGGUUAUUUCACGGAGGAGGACGAGGGGGACAUCUUCCCCACGCCGGACCCCCACUACGUUAAGAAAUACUACUUCCCCGUCAGGGACCUGGAGAGGACGGUGGACUUCCAGAUCAAAGGGGAGGACGUGAUCGUGUUUUUGCACAUCCAGAAGACCGGCGGGACUACCUUCGGCAGGCACCUGGUCCAGAAUGUGCGCCUGGAGGUCCCGUGCGACUGCAGACCGGGCCAGAAGAAGUGCACUUGCUACCGGCCGAAUCGCAAGGAGACCUGGCUCUUCUCCCGGUUCUCCACCGGCUGGAGCUGCGGCUUGCACGCCGACUGGACCGAGCUCACCAACUGUGUGCCGGGGGUCCUCAACAAGAAGGAGAACAAGCAGAAAAACCUGAGGAAGUUCUACUACAUCACUCUGCUGAGGGACCCGGUGUCUCGAUACCUCAGUGAGUGGCGGCAUGUCCAGCGCGGAGCCACGUGGAAAACCUCCUUGCACAUGUGCGACGGACGGACCCCGACGCCCGAGGAGCUGCCGUCCUGCUACGAGGGCUCCGACUGGUCGGGCUGCAACCUGCAGCAGUUCAUGGACUGUCCCUACAACCUGGCCAACAACAGACAGGUUCGCAUGUUAGCCGACCUGAGCCUCGUCGGCUGCUACAACAUGUCGACGGUUCCCGAGAAGAAGAGGGCCCAGCUCCUCCUGGAGUCGGCCAAGAAGAACCUACGAGACAUGGCCUUUUUUGGUCUCACAGAGUACCAGAGGAAAACCCAGUUCCUGUUCGAGCGGACCUUCAGGUUGCGCUUCAUCAGGCCUUUCAUGCAGUACAACAGCACCCGAGCUGCGGGGGUGGACCUGGACAACGCUACAGUCCAGCGCAUCGAGGAGCUGAACGAGCUCGACAUGGAGCUUUACGACUACGCCCGGGACCUGUUCCAGCAGCGCUACCAGUACACCCGGCAGCAGGAGAGGCGGCAGCAGCGCAUCAAGAACCACAUGCUCCAGAGCCACCAAGGCCUGGGCCUGGGCGUCAACCUGUGGCCCUCGCACAGCCGGCAGAGCGCCGUGUCGACGCUGGAGGACGGGGAGGGGGAGAGGGAGGAGGGCGAGGAGGGAGGGAGAACGGAGGAGGCGGGCAGCAGACUCCCCACAGAGGACUACAUGAACCAGAUCAUCAACCGCUGGUAGCAGCAGAACGAGAGCAAACACACGGACAUGCAUAUGUAAUGUGAAACACACACGUACACACCCAUACAGAGAGAGUGAGGCCUGCUUCAAACACUUUACUGACUGAUAAGCAGACUUUACUGAGUAUUGGGCCGCGGGAAUCAGAGGCCAAGUGGUUGCUAUGUAGACCUGGGCACGGUCAAAUGCAUCAGCUAACAUAAUUGGGGGUUUGCCCAGUUGUUAUCAGCACCCGCUUUCCCUCCCCCCGCUCCUCUCUGAGUUUCUCCCCCUCUCUGAUCAUCCUCACAGACCGAGAAGAGGAGAGAGAUUUUUAAGAGUUGCCGAAAAAACGUACACGUCACCCAUCUCUCCCCCGCUCCUCUCCUUCUCCUGUAUUCCGUCGUCUCUGUGGCCUAAUAUGGAGCAUGAGAAAAUUAAAAAAAUUAAAGUCUGUGAAUUCCCAAACUUAACUUUUGCCGAAAAGGACCAGUCUACAUCCUGGAUGCUCCGAUUUACAAAAAGAACCGGAAAAGCUCUGAGAAAAAAAAAGUAUGCCGACGGCUUAGCUGAACAAAGACAAAAGUGGGAGUGAAAGAAAGACUGAUCCUGAAUGAGAGAAAAACUAAUUGGACUGAGAUGUGUGAUAAAGCUUUCUGCUUAAAAACAAACAAACAAAAAAAAAAGAAAUCAGCCAUUUCACCCAUAGACACGCUUUGGUCAUGAAAUACUGACCGUGUCAUUCUCAUGAUAUGAUUUUUAUUUUUUUGUUUGUGCUUUUAUUUUAUUUUUUUGAAAGCAGAAUUGUAAUAACACUGAGACCAAUAUUGCUGCCUAAAAGAAAGUGAUUCCUUUUAAUUUCUUUGUUUUUAUUGUUUUUUAUAAGUCAAAGCUGGUGGGUGGGAUUGACGUACAACGGACCAUAGCCAUUACUGAAGCCUUGCAUCUUUUUUUUUUCUUUUUUUUGGGUUGGGGGUUAAGUGACUUGUUUCUCUGUUUAAGGUUUCCAAAGCUCCUGUCGCUCAUUAUUCCUCCUUUGGUCACAAUUUUUCUUUCUGUGCGUCUCAGUCCUGCUGAGAAUAACAGCCAAUUAGGGAGCAGUAUCACCACAUAGGUGUGAAGAAAGGCAGCGAGAGGAGUUAGUCUGCUGCAGGUAGUUGCCAGGAGCCAUGCAGUGUGUGUGUGUGUGUGUGUGUGUGUGUGUGUGUGUGUGUGUGUGUUUGUGUGUGAGUUUGUGUGUGAGUGAGCGGCAGGCGCUUCAGAAGCCUUAACUUAGAAAAACUGCUCCAAAAAAGAGUCACUGAACUCUUGCGGUCACCAUGGCAGUGCGGGCCCUUAAUGCAGUGGGCAGUAUUUUCAGUCAUCUGGGUAUUUUGAUCUUCUUCUUCUUCUUCUCUUGUCCUGACCGAGAGCUGCGUUGCAAAAGUGGUGGUCACACAAACGAGCCCUCCCUUCCCCAUCUGCUCAAAGUGCCCCGCACUGCAGCGGUGGUGACCUGCAGUUCAUUGGUGGACGCGGACCCUGAAGACCGCUCGGGGCGAGGUAGCAGUGCCUCUAUGUACUGGGAUCAUAGCUAACAUAAUUAUUGCCAGAUAUUACAAUAUACACGGUAAUUUCUCUGACUACUUGUGUGUCUGCGUGGAUGAUUGUGUGUGUGUAAAUAGUAUUUACAGUAUGCCUUUGAUUGGCGUAUGUGUAUGCCUUUGUAAAUAGUAUGCCUGAAUGAGAAAGAGAGAGAGGGGUUUUUUUUGUGAAUGACUGGUUCCAUGACCAAGAUUUUCUCACUAUUUUAUUUUUUUUUAGUGGCCAACUAAAUCCCUCCCACAGGAUGUCACAGCAGUGUGACCGUCACAGUGAUGCAAACUAAUAAUAGUCCCCUCUGAAAUGUUCCUUUACCUUUUUUUUUUUUUUUAAUUCUCUCCUCCUUUCUCUCGUCUCCUUCCCGUGGACAUAUGAGGACGGUGUAGAUAUAACCGCCUUGACUCUAAUUUAUGUAUCAAAGACAUCUGCAGGUGACACAACUUGACCCUCAAGCAGAGGUUGGUUACGACGGCAAAAAAAGCUGCAGAAUGUCCUGAUUGAGAAUUUUGUGCCUUUGAGCCACAAGGUCGCAGAAUUUGUCGUAACACCGGCACAAUGUCAGGAUUCAUUUAGGUUUAAUGCUCAAAGUGACCAUCUCUCUUUCUGAUUAGCAAACAGCUGAAUAGAAACACUCCUUCAGCCUUGACUAGGUUAACACAGCAAACAUUGUUAUUCCCCACUUGUGAAGUCACUGCAUUAUUUUGUGAUUCAGACACACAGAAUUCUUAAUAUAUCAAAACAUCAUGUUUUUUUUUAUUUUUUUAAUGCUGUUUAUCUUGUUGAUGCUUGUAUCUUCAAAGGAAAACAGUUGUGAUCUCUCAGGUGUCAGGCUCUCUGGCUGGAAAGAUAAAAUGUUUGCCCCGGGAAAGUGUAACAUUUUAACCAAAUACUCCUACAGAUUAACUCCGGCUACUGGUAAGACCUGAGCAGUCUAUUCCAGCGUGGAGGAAGUCUGUGGAAGUAUUGGUUUAAAGAUGAGCUUCAUUCAACGUAAACAUUAAUCAGAAUGCGAGGGGGAAAAAAAACAUUGGACACAAUCUGCUUGUGAAAAACACGAUGUUUAGACGUCCCCCCCUAAAGGAUGACACUUUGUGAUAAACCUCCAGAUGAGACGCAGAGUGCUGAGGUCUCUGAUGCUGCACAUUUUUAUCAACCUGUGUCCAAUCAUUUUUAAUUCUGUCAUGCCUAAAAUGAGACUUUUACAGUGUCUGUAUUCAGAUUUUUUUAUAUAUUAUAUUGAUGAUUUUAAGGGUCUCUUCUACUCUGCAGAAUCUGGCCGAUAACUUUGCGUUACAUUCAAGAGAAUCCAUUGUUAACCUUUUAACAUAAUCCGAAAAAUCGAUCCGUAUCAGGACUUUUAGCGUUCAAAACAAAGUGGCUUGUGAAACACAAAAUGCGCCGCCCUUCUUGUCUCGACGACUCGGAUACAUGAAAUCAUUUCCAGACAACGUAGGCGCAGCACAUGUUUGAGUUUCAGCUGUUUAUAACCAUAAACGUAAAAAGAGACGAGGAUCAAAACAAGAUUUAUGAUAUCAAACCUCUACAUGAAAGUAGAAAGGGGAAAUAGAAAUGUCACAAGCGAGAUCUAAUCUCAGUGAAUGUAGUCUGCUGUCAUCCCGGGUGCGGUGGGGAGGAUGCACGCAUGCCUCCUUUUGUGUAAAGAAAUCAAAUGUUUCACGUUAACAAUUGAUUUACCUUACAGUCAAACGUAAAGGGGGAAAAUGAUCAUUUAGCCACCCACCGGCCUCCCUGUUAAAUUUCCACUGAUCACCCUGGAUCCUCCCGCGUCGCUCUUUUUAUUUUUUGAUCGGCUCCUUUUCAAAUCAGGGAUGAUUCAUGAAGGGAAGGAGAGGAGAGAACAGAACAAGGAGGGGAUGAUGAAAGGUAUUGGGAUGCAUCCAGAGUCAAUAUGCUGCUUUUUGUGUAGCCUUCAAAGUAAAGCGAAAUGGAUAUAGGAAGAGAGAUCUCCCCCUAUUUUUAUUUUUUUUUCAUAUUAACUUCCCCUUCAUUGUGUUUUGAAAACUGGAGGCUCCAAAACACUGCAGCCUCCAGGCGUUUUGCCCACAACCUCUUUUUCUUUUUUUUAAUUUGUAUUUUUUUGUUCCAAAGUCAGACGUAGAGCGUGUUUGGGCUCCAAACCAAUAUCUGUUUUAAUACUAAACUGAUUCUCUACCUUGGGGAGUGUUUUUUUUUUCUUUUUCUAUUUUCAGCGUUCCAGUUUCAGUCCUCAGAAGGGAUUGCUGCGUGUGGAAGAAAGAAAGAGAGAGAAAAAAAAGAGAAAGAAGCUCCUUUCACUGAAAUGAUUCCAGGAAUUAAUGCUGUAAAAGCUAUACUCAAAUGUUUUCUGUCUCAUCACCAUGUAUAUCUGAUGUCUUAACAACGUUUCCUUUGUGAUAAUGAAUCAGCCCAGGUGUCUCUAACAUCAACUUUAUUUUUAUUUUUUUAAAAGAUGUGUUUAAAAAGAGUGUGAUAGAGACUUAUCUGUUUUUGGGGAUUGGUUGGGGGGGUGCAGUCUGUUUCUGGCUCCUUCUGUAUGCAUCAAACUUGGUUUGUUUCAUAUGAUCGCAAAAAUGAAUCAUCAAGCCACCAAUUAAAAUAUUUCACUUUUACAGAC